AUGGAGGUAAAGACCGUCAAAGAUGCAUUUGAUCGUGUUGCUAAAAAGCAGAAACUUUCCUGUAGCAAAACUCAAGAAACCGUAGAUAGGCUGUCUCGAGAAAUCGAGAAGGCGUUGAACGCGAUACAGGAACCUACUACAGACACAGAUAAUCCGCUCCUUCAUAAAUCUUUAGUCUCUGACCUGAAGAAAACGGUUCAGGAGAUUGCUCCAAGCAAUCAACUUGAAGCCGCUCAUAAAGAACUAAACGUUGCUCUGAGCAAAUACCCGAAAGUUCUGGAGAAAACUCUGAAUUCGGACAUAUCAAAGGCUUACAGAAACGUCGAGUUUGAUCUCCAUACGGUUCACCAGAUAAUAGCUAGUUUUUUCUACGGGCAAGGCUUGUUCGACAUCGGCGACUGUUUCAUUUCCGAGACUGGUGAGCCUGAAUCUUCUGCUAGAGAAUCAUUCAUGGAAAUGUAUCUUAUACUAAAAGCGCUGAAAAGACGAGAUCUUGGACCAGCUCUUAACUGGGCAGCCUCAAACUCGGACAAGCUAGAGCAAGCAAACUCAGAUCUCGAGAUGAAACUUCACAGCCUUCACUUCCUGAAAAUAGCACAAGACAAGAAAUCUUUAGAUGCUGUCAACUACGCGAGAAAGCACAUCCCUAUAUAUUCAGAUAGAGGUCUCCAGAAACUCAUGUGCUCUCUCUUAUGGAAUGGAAACCUCGAUAAAUCUCCAUACGCAGGGUUCCUCUCACCCACAUUAUGGACCAAAGCAGUCAAGGAACUUACCCGACAAUACUGCAACCUACUCGGUGAAUCACCAGAGAGCCCGUUAAGCGUAACAGUUGCAGCGGGUUCACAAGCUUUACCGCCGUUACUGAAAUACAUGAACCUGAUGGUUAAUAAGAAACAAGAGUGGCAAACAAUGGAGCAACUUCCUAUACCUGUGGAACUCUCUGAAGAGUUUCAGUUCCACUCGGUAUUUGUCUGUCCCGUAACCAAAGAACAGUCUAGAGAAGAUAACCCUCCGAUGAGAUUGUGUUGCGGUCAUGUCCUUUGCAAGCAGUCAAUCAACAGAAUGUCGAAGAAUGGAUCAAAGUCCUUCAAGUGUCCUUAUUGUCCAUCGGAUAUAGAUGCUUCGCAAUGUAGGCAAUUGUAUUUUUAG